AUGGCUCCUGAGCAUAUUCGAUCACCUGAGACGUCCGUGAAAUCCUCCAAGGAGGGCGAUAUAUACUCUUUUGCUAUUAUUGCUUCCGAGGUUGUUACGCGAAAGCCGGCGUGGAAUUUGCGUGAGCGGAGAGAACGAACUGAUGAACUUCUAUAUAUGCUCAAAAAGGGUGGGCUCCAACCACCACGACCCGAACUCACUACGAACGAUGGCGAAAUCAAUGUGGCAUUGCUCCAUCUUAUACGCGAUUGCUGGAGCGAAAUGCCUGCUGAUCGACCGAAUAGUGAGACUCUAUGCAAGAUGCUAAAAGGGAUGAUGCCCGAAACAAAAACCAAUCUGAUGGACCACAUGUUCAACAUGUUGGAAGACUACACAACUACACUCGAGUUAGAUGUCGAAGAGAGAACAAAACAACUGCAGGAGGAGAAGAAGAAAGCCGAUAUACUCCUAGGAAGAAUGUUACCCAGGCAAGUGGCGGAUCGCUUGAAAUUGGGCCAAACUGUGGAGCCGGAGGGUUUCGACAGCGUCACAGUGUUCUUCUCGGAUGUUGUUAAGUUCACUCAAUUGGCCGCUAAGUGCACAGCUUUUCAAAUCGUGAAUCUUCUUAACGAGCUUUAUAACGGUUUCGAUUCAAUCAUUGAAGAACAUUCCGUGUACAAGGUAGAGUCGAUUGGCGAUGGAUAUUUGUGCGUCUCUGGUCUUCCAGUGAGGAAUGGCUACGCUCAUAUCAAAGAGAUAUCCGAGCUCUCACUGUCCUUCAUGAAGUUUGUUGACGACUUCAGGAUAUCAGCUCUCCCAAGAGAGAGGGUUCAACUCCGAAUAGGCGUUAACUCAGGUGACCACUCUUUGUCAACACGCGACUGA